UGUAUACAGAAGUCUGUGGGCGCGGAAGAGGGUACCCUUCAUUCAGCCGUCAGCUCCGUGUCAGUUGUGUGAAGUGAACGCAAUUAGUAGCGCGACAAUCGACUGCAAAUACGUUGCGUUCAAUGUGAAUACACAAUAUUUACAAUCUCUUUCGUGCCGAAUUUCUCACGAUGACGUCGAUAACGAUCCUGUCCAACGAAUUAAUCGAAAUCAUCCUGAAGGAGAAGGCCGUUAGCAUCAAAGAUGUCGUGAACUUCGGUGCGACGUGCUCGCGAUUUCUCGCGGUGGUCAACGACGACAACCUGUUGUGGCAGAGGAAGCUCUAUCAAAGGUGGCCUUAUUUCAAGAAAAUUUAUGACAAACGAAUACAAAAUAAAGAGGACAUCAGUUUUAAGGACGACGUAAAGGAGAACGUGAAAUGUAGAAAUGAAUUGCGGUGUUACUUAUUACAGAUGUCUGACACGCUCUUUCACAAACACGACCUAGCGAACGUCGAUCUGGAACAUUUUGAUGUUCUGUUUUGUCCAAGUAUGGGUGUGCACACUAUGAGAUAUUAUUUCCUCGUGGACGAGUUAUUGUGUCUAAUUGCAAUGUCCCCAUCACCCGACUGUAACUUGACAUAUAAAUAUUACGGCGAGAAACUUCUUCCAUUUGUACAUCAGUCUUAUCUGAAGGAUGUAUGGCAGAAAUUUAAAAAUAGUCCCAAAGAACAGCAACUUUUAGAACAGGCAGCUUUUAUUAUAUCACAAUGGUAUCAGCCUCUGAAACGUAUUUUGUAUUUGGACGUGGAAGCAUCGCUGGACAGUAUCGCGCAUCAGGUAUUGGAGAGCCUUAAGGACAAGCAUUGUGACCAUCCAAUAUUCUCAACGCCCGCCAAGCAGUUUGCUUUUUGGAAAUGCAACAACAUCAACGAUAAUCAAUGGAGCGCGCAGAACGAAAGGCAUAUUAUAGACGAACUUAGAACGGUUUUAUUUGACAAAUUAGGUUUUUGUGGACGUGUAGAUCCAGAUUGUACUAUGGAGCAUGUUCUCUAUCCUGAAGCAGAGCAUUUUCUUAUAGAUUGCGUUUUAGAAACCAAAGUUGGUAGUGCUAUGUCUCUCGCGAUAAUAUUCCAGAGCGUAGCAAGGAGACUUGGUGUACGCUGCGAUCUAGUAUGUUUUCCUACUCACUUUUUUUUAAGUUGGAAACCGAAGUGCGAUACAGAAAAUCCUGAAGCUGAAAAAUAUUUUUACAUUGAUGUCCUAUGCCGUGGAAUCAUUCGAGAUAAAAAUGAUUGUCCCAAAACUCGUGGUAGAAAAUGUCCCAUAGAAAGUUUUAAUAAACAUAACGAGAUUAGUUCUACAGGGGUGGUAUUGCGGAUGAUUAACUCUUUGCAAAUGGUUAAUAACCGCCAACAUUAUCAACUUAGGACUCUGCAAAUACGUACAUUGAUGGAAUUACGGCAUAUGAUACAAUCGCGUAAUGUAGAAACGAUCGAAAAUCUAUGUCGCUGUUACAUACGGUUUCACAUAAAUCCCUCAAGUCUCGUAUCCACAUUACAGGGUUUACUGAAUGGCCCCAACUCCAUAACAUCUGUGGAAGCAAAUCGUGCUGAAAUGUUAUUAAGGGCAUUUGAAUUAUAUAUACACAGUGAUCACUAUCAACCGAUAUUUCGUCUAAUAAGACAGGAGAGGCCUGAAAAACUGAAAUAUGCGGUUGGAAUGAUUGUAACUUCUCACAGGCAUGUUGGAAAUUGCACAGGCGUGAUAAUUUGGUGGGAUGAAGACUAUAGUUACGAAAAGCAGAUACCUACCAGAAUAUCCAGAAUUUUACAAGUUGUACAGAAUAUUAAUUCUAAUCCACUAUUAGUGGACGCGGUUAGACCGCCAUUCGUGUUUUCUCAGAAGCAACCGUUUUACACUGUCCUUUGUGAAGACGGUAAUACGUAUUAUGUUCCACAAGAUGAUUUAACAGAGGCAAAUCCGCCAAAGCAGAUUCAACACAAGGAGAUUGGCCGAUAUUUUUGUAGAUUUGCAUUGUCUCACUAUGUGCCUAACAGUGCACUAACGAGAUAUUUUCCACGUGACACAGCUAUUCUCGAUACGCUUCCUGUACCAACGUCUCCUCAUAAUGUUUAGUCUUUUCUACUAAGAUAGUCUCGUGAUUAGAAAUUGUAAAGUGCGCUGCUUUCCACUGAACGAAUAACUAUAUUUAAGACAACUGUUACAGUAUCUAAGAUAUAUUUAAGAUAACUAUUAUAAAUUAAGUAAUAGUUAAUUGUGAUAUUUUACAAUUCAUUGUAAGUGAGUUAUGAUAUAAGAGUAAAACUCUGUGACUUGUCUGAUGCAUACUGCAAGGAAAACUCAUACAUAUAUCUCGUAUAUAAAAUUUGUAUGUAAA